GCGCAGCUUCACACUCCUCAGCAUCACCAACCAAAGGAGGUACCCAGUAUCCCUAGACCACUGGAGCGCCCACAGAGACUUCUGACGAGGCGUGAGGAUUUUGUUUGUUUAUUUGAAUAAAGGCUUUCAUUUUAUUUCAAUUCAGGAUACAGUCUUUAUUCUCAAUUUAUUCUUUGCUCUGGCGGAUCUUGCAUCUCCUUGAUGCGCAGUUUGUCAAGGAUAAACCCAGACAGCCAUUACUGCGGAUCUUGUUUUUCUGAAGCAUCGUGGUGGAGAGCAGAUUCCUGCGUUGUGAGAGAGCCCUCAUCCAUCCCGACACCAUUUUUCUUAAAAUAGAGCGCCAACCUAAAUUUGGAUGUCUAACACAGAUUGAGUUGGUCUCAGGAAGCAGUGGGGCAAGUCCUCAGCUCCGGUACUUGGCACCUUCCUUAGUUGAUCCCUAACCUUCAGGUUCUUAUCAUCCUCCUGUACUGGCACCAUGGGAACCGUGCUAUCCCUUUCUCCCAGCUACCGUAAGGCUGCCUUGUUUGAGGAUGGCCCAGCUACCGUGGGCCACUACACAGCAGUCCAGAACAGUAAGAACGCCAAAGACAAGAACCUGAAGCGCCACCCGCUCAUCAACGUGUUGCCGUGGAAACGGAUAGUAGCCGUUUCGACCAAGAAAAAAGGCUCCAAGAAGGUCCAGCCGAACACCACCUACCAGAACAAUGUUUCCCACCUCAACAAUGAGAACCUCAAGAAGUCGCAGUCUUGUGCAAACCUCGCCUCCUUUACCCAGGACCAGUCGAGUCCAUCGAACCAAGGCUCUAAAAAUUCCAACAAUUCCGUUUCAUCUGUUAAAAAGGCACCUCUUUCUAACUCCAACGCUGUCCCUGGAACGCCCAAGAGGGUGAUCGUCCAAGCCUCCACCAGCGAGCUGCUCAGGUGUCUGGGGGAAUUUCUGUGCCGGAGAUGCUACAGGCUCAAACACGUUUCCCCCACUGACCCAGUGCUAUGGUUGCGUAGCGUGGAUCGUUCUCUGCUGCUUCAGGGCUGGCAAGACCAGGGCUUCAUCACCCCAGCCAACGUGGUUUUCGUCUACAUGCUCUGCCGCGACGUGGUUUCCUCCGAGGUGGCCACGGAGCACGAGCUGCAGGCCGUGCUCUUGACCUGCCUCUACCUGUCUUACUCUUACAUGGGCAAUGAAAUCUCAUACCCUCUCAAGCCAUUCUUGGUGGAGACCUCCAAGGAGACAUUCUGGGACCGCUGUCUUUCCAUCAUCAACAUGAUGAGCGCCAAGAUGCUGCAGAUCAACUCGGAUCCUCAUUAUUUCACCCAGGUCUUUGCAGACCUCAAGAACGAGAGCCAGAAGGAAGAAGAGAGGAGUCGUCUGCUCAUCGGCCUGGAUCGGUGAGGAGUCCUGGAGGGGGAUUCGUUGGCACUCUCGUCUGGCAUUUUUAAAUAGUUUUCAAAUGGGUGGAACGUUAAUAAGCAUACCUUUUAGUGGAUUAGGAUCUCUGUUCGUGAGAUCGCAGUCUAUGUCUUUUAAAUUCACACGUUACUUUUAGCAAUGAGAAUUUUGGAUCUGAAGAAAAAUGCCAGACUGGAGUGGAACCAAAGGAGAAGCAGUGAACGAUCUAAAUCACUGAAAAAAGAAAGACUCAACAACGCAUACGGCUAUGAAUGUGGAGAGGACUUGUUUAGCUGCAGAACAACUUGAUUGUUGCCAAUAAACAUCGUGUCCGCAAAACUGGACACUCAAUGAAUGGCACAUACAAGUCAAAAAUAUGAAGUGAAAGGUUUAACAUGUUUAUGUUGCCAGAACGUAAGCCACAAACAAAGAAUAUGACUCUUAGAACGGGCCAACGUUGCACAGUGGCUGUUUUUAGAUGAGAGAGGUUGUCAGCACAUUCGUAAGCAAGACCUACUUUAUUUUCAUCCAUACACAAUGAGUUGAACAGAUCUCUUCUGUGGUUUACCUCUCUAAAGCUUUACAAGUUGUUUUACUGUUACUCGAUCAUCUGAAUGCAUACACAAUCCGAAUGGCAUUUCUGUUGAAUUUGCCAUCUGCAUAUGUGUUUAGGGAAUGAGAACAAAGUACAAAUAUCUAGCUAUGCCUGCUUCAAUGAGCCAUUGUCAUUGUGUUGCUUUGUUUCAGACUGGGGUUGUGUACAGUUAAUGUAAAUGUAUUAAAAACGGUGCCAUACCUUUGAUGAAAAUCACGUAGGUCUAAACGUACGUACCAAUGGCUGGCAAACGUUGGAUUCUCCUCUUGGAAUCGUAAUUUAUUGUUAUUUAUUGCUUAUUUCCACACAUUUCUCUUUCUCUCUCUCUCUCACAUUUAGAGAUUUUAGUAACGUGUUGUAAAAAUGGUUAAAAACCAAUACAACUUUUAGGUCGAUGGCUACCUUUCGGUGAGGAUGAAGAUUAUGGUCGAUGCACAUUCGCAUUUGGACGAAUUCUUUAAGAGCUUAGUAUAAAACCAUUUCAAAUCUGAAAGACACCAAGGGUAAUUCAUCAUAGCGACAGAUGAUCGGUUUCAAUCUGAAACCAAUUUCUCUGUAAAGUACUGUUGAGAUGUUCUACAUAUCAUAGCAAAAGCAACCAUCAGUCAUAACCUUUGGCAUUAAAUUGGUUGAGGUGUGGUCCAUUUCUACAGAAGGUCAUGUGGAGCGGCAUCAGGUCCAAAGUAUCAACAAACAUGCUUCCUCAAGACAUUUGCAGUAUAUAUGAGUUGCCUGAUACCUACUUCAAUGCAGGCACAUCGCCGCCAUGUAAAUCAAUUUGGACCAUGGUCAUACAUACGGGUGACUGAAUGUUAUAUGAUCGGUUUAAAGCAUCUCAACAGUGCUAAAUUGUGCAUGCUUUCUUUCGGUAGUUAUGUAUCUCGAUUUUCUUUCUAAGCAAAAAAUAAUGUGACAGUCAUGUAAGCGAACAUCGCGUCUCUCUUUGUUACUUCAUGCUAAAGCUUGUUGAUCUGAAGAUACUGAAUUUGUCCCAGAGCAGUGGGAUGGACAGAUGAACUGUGCUGCGUUGUGUGUAUGUAAAGGUGAAGAAAGCUCAGUAAAGUUCAAGGAGAGGUUUAGACACUGCAAAAUGGACUUGCACUUUUCUGUGAGAUACAGUAUAGGAGCCCGCAAGGGUUUAAUGUCAUUGGGGCCUGAAGCGGGGCUCUGUCUGCCUGCUAUCACCUGCCCCAGCCCACAAAUUGUGCCAUUUUUCACUUGCAUCAUAGAGUAGUCCUUGGAUAAACGCAAAACACUUAAAAAGAUAAGUAAAAGAUUAAAACUGUCAAAAUCUCUCUGUAUCUUGUUGCGUAAUUCUUUGUAGAACUGAAAAGAAACGGUGUUACGAAAAGAGACUGCAUGAGUGUGUGAGCGUAUGAGUUUAUUUGUAUACAGUAGAAGUAUGCGAUGUGUGUAAGAAAACCGAACAUGGCCAUGUUUAUUUAUUGAUUUAUUUUUCGAUGGUGUUACUUUACAGUUCUAAGCUGGAGUUUGACACAGUAAAGGGGUCUUGAAAAAGACAAAACUCUGUUGAUGUAAUUGAACUUUCUCGUUUCGUUCCUGCUUAUUUUUAUUUAUUUUUGUACUGUGAUGAAAAAUAAAAUGCACUGAUGGUUCAAUACAA